AUGCCGCCAAUUCAGCUAGCCUCCAACCCGCUCCCCAGAAUCAUUACCUACUACCAAACCCACCAUGAUUCUGCCAGCAAACCAAUCUCCGUCCUACCACUUCUUACCCAACCGGGUAUCUCAAUAACUCACGUCAUCUUAGCCGCCAUUCAUCUCAACGAAGAUCCCAAUCAUAUCACACUCAACGACCAUCCUCCUCAUCAUCCGCGCUUCGAAACGCUAUGGGCCGAACUCCGUAUUCUCCAGGCCUCUGGGGUGAAAGUUCUAGGCAUGCUUGGCGGAGCGGCCAAAGGAUCAUACAAGCGAUUGGAUGGUUCUAGCGAGCAAUUCGAAAGAUAUUACGUUCCUCUACGAGAUAUCAUCCGCGCACGGGGUCUCGAUGGCCUGGACCUCGAUGUUGAAGAGGACAUGUCAUUAGGCGGCGUCAUCAACCUCAUUGACCGUUUGAGAAGCGAUUUCGGCAAAGGCUUUAUCAUUACUUUGGCACCCGUUGCCGCCGCUCUCCUUGAUCAUAGGAGUAACCUCAGUGGCUUCGACUAUGAGGCUCUGGAAGUCAUGCGCGGCAAGGAAAUCGCAUGGUACAACACUCAGUUCUACUCUGGCUGGGGCGAUAUGAGCAACCCCAUCAUGUAUGAAAUGAUUCUUCGCAAGGGCUGGCCAGCCGAAAAGGUCGUUGUUGGCCUCAUUACAAAUCCAGAAAAUGGCAAUGGGUUUGUUAUGUGGGAAUUUCUCUCAAAUGUCUUGGCUCUGCUUCGAGGACGUCAUGAGCGCUUUGGCGGAGUCAUGGGAUGGGAGUACUUCAAUAGCCUUCCAGGUGGCAGAGAGAGGCCCUGGGAAUGGGCAAGGCAGAUGACCUCUAUCUUGAGAAAUAACGUUCCCUUACCGAGUACCAAUCCUCCACCAAUCAAUGAAGCAACGAAGCCAGUCCUAGAAGCUGAUCCCGAUGCUCCCAACGAUAAGCCGAUCCAAGUUCCAGGACAGUUCGAUUAUUACUCGGAUGGAUCAGAUGAAUAA